AUGGAGGUGGACAGCGCAGUGCACGCUCCGCUCCCAGAGAGACCCCAGGCGGCCAGCGCCGCCGGGGCCCCGCCGCCGAUCAUGGUCCCGCCCACCACGGACUCCAUCUCGACGCAGGCCGCCGCGCCGCAGCCGACGGUCCCCCGGACCGUGAAGCUCCCCGUCGUGGUCGACUGGCUCCCCGAGGGCCUCCACGGGUGCGAGUGGCGCCUGGACGAGUUCGACCUGCUCAAGAAGCUGGGGUCCGGGUGCGGCACGAGCGUCUACCUGGCGCAGGAGCGGCGCUCGGGGUUCCUGUUCGCGCUCAAGGUCUACAAGCGCAUGGAGCUCUCCGCGCGGGCGCUCGCGCACCUCCGCCGCGAGAUCCGCAUCCACUCGACGCUGCAGCACCCCAACAUCAUCACCAUGUACAGCGCGUUCGGGGACCUGGACCACGUGUACAUCGCGCUCGAGUACUCCCCGCGCGGGGACCUGUUCACGCAGGUCCGCCUGCUCAAGGGCAUGCGCCCCACGGAGGCCAAGGUGGUGAGCAAGGUGGUGUAUCCGAUCCUCAAGACGCUGGCCUUUCUGCACGCGCGCGACAUCGUGCACCGCGACAUCAAGCCCGAGAACAUCCUGUACGACGCGGACCGCAACCUCAAGCUCGCGGACUUCGGCCUCGCGAUCGUCAGCACGGAGGAGAAGCUCCAGAGCCGCAUUGGCACGCUCGAGUUCAUGGCGCCCGAGAUCCUGCGCAUGCGGGACAAGCCCGCGGAGGGCGAGGCGCAGCGGCUGUCGGAGAGCAGCCUCGAGCUCCAGGAGCGCGGGUACACCUGGGCGGUCGACGUGUGGGCGAUCGGCGUGAUGGUGUACGAGCUGCUCAACGGGCGGUCGCCCUUCCACAGCAAGGAGAAGUCCACGUCGACGAUGAAGCGCGCGAUCCUGAAGAAGGACAUCACGUGGCCCGAGCACUUCUCCCCCGCCGCGAUCGACUUCUUGUCGCGCUGCCUCAACCGCGACCACACGCAGCGCCCAACCGCCGCGCAGCUCCUGCGCCACGAGCUCGUGCAGUCGAGCCUCCCCGACGACGAGCGCAUCACCGCCAGCGACGACGUCGGCGCGGCCGUCGAGGGCACGCCGGACUCGUCCGCGACGCGCCCCGCCGAGUGGAAGGACAGGGACGCCAACAGGGACGUGGCCAUGUCGGGCGACGACCAGACCACCGCGGGCGUCUCGCGCGCGUCGGGCGACCCGAGCCUCCCCUCCGCGGCCACGCGCCAGUUCAGCCAGACGACGGCCUCCGCCAUCAAGGCGCAGAUGAAGGCGGCCUCGGCGGCGUCCGAGUCGACGAUGAUGAACGGCGGCGACAACGCGUCGCCGCCGGAGCCGGCGCGCGGCAUGUCGGAGAACGCCAAGGCCGCGCCGCCCGGCGCGCCGCCCGCGCCCGAGGCCGCCGACCCCGGCAUGCCGCAGUUUGCGCACGGCGUGUCGCUGGCGCAGAUGAUCGCGCGCAUGGACCUCCCGAGCGGCCCGCAGGCCAACCCGUUCCUGCAGACGCCCGCGGGCGAGGCGCGCACGGGCGGCCGCGACGGCAUGUCGAGCUCGGGCUCCGUGUACGGCCUGCUCCGCUCUGAGGACAUGGGGUCCGAGUCGGGGCACCAGCCGUCGAGCGUGGAGAUCGCGCGGCGCGAGGCGGUCGUGUCGCAGCUGCGCCCCACGGGCGAGUCCACGCCCGGCCCCGGCGCCUCGCAGCGGUCGUUGUACGAGAAGCUUCUUAGCGUCAACGGCGUGCACACGGCGAAGCGCCGGAACGCGUCGCUCCCGGGCGUCGCGGGCGUGACGCACGAGAGCAUGCGGCAGAAGCCCGUGCUCCCGGCCGCGGACGGCGGGAUCGGGGUGUCGGAUGCCGGCCACUCGGGCCCGCUGAGCACGUCGCGCAGCAUGGUGGUCGAGCCGCAGCAGCAGCCGGCGCCGUGCAGCAACGCGCGCGGGCACGCGAGCCACGACGCGGGCUCGCGCCCGCUGGCCGUCGCGACGCAGCCGAUGUCGCCGCAGGGCGGCCGCGUGCCGCCGGGCAAGCCCACGAGCCGCCUGGCGCGCAUGUCCUCUGCGGGCGUCGCGCACCUGCCGUCGCCCAAGGGCGCGGCCUACCCGAUGCAGACGAACUCGCCGGUCCUGCCCACGACCCAGCAGAUCCCGGCCAGCCGGCGCGCCGUGGCGAUGAGCGCCGUCGUCGAGCCCACGCAGGGCAGGGCGCCCGGCGACGGCCGCGCGCACAGCGGGCACAGCUCGCCCUCGACGCAGAAGGUGGGCGGCGGGCAGUCGGACAACGAGCACUACCGCCUGGGCCGCCACGCGCGGCACCCUAGUAACGGGUUCUUCUCGCGCGCCAAGACCUUUCUGAUGGGCAUCGGGAACGGACGCGCCGUGUCGGAGCGCGGCGCGGGGUCGGACAGCGACGGGCGGUACGGGACGCGCGGGGCCGGGGGCACCUCGCCGGGCAACAUUGCCAACUUGAACGACCGGCCCGAGCGCGCGAGGUGA